ACGGAGCGCGGCGGGGAUGAGCGAGGAGGGGGCGGGCGGCGGGGCCAGGAGGAGCGGCGGCUUCCCCAGCCCUGUCCCUAGCCUGGAGCAGAUGCUGGCCGCCAAUCCCGGGAAGACGCCCAUCAGCCUCCUGCAGGAAUAUGGCACUCGCAUAGGGAAGACCCCGGGCUACGACCUGCUGAAGGCCGAGGGCCAGGCCCACCAGCCCAACUUCACCUUCCGAGUCACCGUGGGGGACAUCAGCUGCACCGGGCAGGGACCCAGCAAGAAGGCGGCGAAGCACAAAGCGGCCGAGGUGGCCCUGAAGCUGCUCAAAGGGGGGGACAUGCUGGAGGCCACCCCCCCCGAGGAGCCCAGCUCUCCUUCCCUCCCAGAGCCCCCGGCUGAGGCGCCCCCCCCAGCACCCACUGUGCCCCCCCCCUCCCCCAGGGGCACCCCCAUGGACAUGAAGAGCCCCGUGGCCCCCCCCCAGGCCGAGUGCAACCCCGUGGGGGCCCUGCAGGAGCUGGUGGUGCAGAAGGGCUGGCGCCUGCCCGAGUACACGGUGACGCAGGAGUCGGGCCCGGCGCAUCGCAAGGAGUUCACCAUGACCUGCCGCGUGGAGCGCUUCGUGGAGAUCGGCAGUGGUACCUCCAAGAAGCUGGCCAAGCGCAACGCGGCCGCCAAGAUGCUGGUUCGGAUCCACAACGUGCCCAUGGAGCAGCGGGAGGGCAGCGAGGCCGAGGUGGAGGAGGAUCAGUUCUCCAUGGGGUGCCCCCGGCUGGAGGGGCUGCGGGGCCGGGCCCCCGGCUGCACCUGGGAUUCGCUGCGGAACUCGGUGGGUGAGAAGAUGCUUCAGCUGCGGAGCCACCCCCUGGCACCCAUGGGUGCGGGCGCCUGCGCCCUGCUGCAGGAGCUCUCCGAGGAGCAGAGCUUCGCCAUCAGCUACCUCGACAUCGACGCGCUGAGCCUCAGUGGCCUGCACCAGUGCCUGGUGGAGCUCUCGACCCAACCGGCCACCGUGUGCCAUGGGGCGGCCCCAUCGCGCGCCGGCGCCCGCGCCCAGGCUGCCCGCAACGCGCUGCAGUACCUGCGGGUCAUGGCCAGGGGCAAGUGACCCCCAUGGGCACCCCAUGGACCCAUGGAUGGACGGACGGACCCACAGACACAUGGACACGCAAACCCACGGACAGACCCACGGACACAUGGACGGACCCACAGACAACGUGCCGCAGUACCUGCAUGUCAUAGUGGGGGGCAGGUGACACCCCCAACCGUGAUCUAUGGACGGACACAGACCCACGCAUGGACACACAGACCAUGGACAGACCCCCACAUGGACCCAUGGACAGACCCCUGGACCCCAACUGGUGGACCCAGCUGCACCCACGGCCACCCAGGCAGACCCCCAGCCCCAUGGACAGACGCACUGGUGCCCAGUGUGGGGACCUGGCCCUGCUGAUGCUGCCCAUGGAGCCUGGACAGAGCUGGGGCUCUGGGAAU